CUACGUUUUGGAAUUCCUCUCCUCUUUGUAUCCGAAUCUGUAAAACAGAGAAAUAGGCAAGGAAAUUGAGCUGCCAUGGAAUCUGAUCCCCAAACCCAGUUUGGUGCCACUCUCCCGGUGCCUAGUGUCCAGGAAUUGGCUAAACAGAAACCGGCUGCGGUUCCAAGCCGGUAUAUACGCCAGGAUCUACGAUCUCCACCUGAAUCCAAGCCCCCAUGUUCUUCCACCCAAGUCCCAGUAAUCGACAUGCAGAAAUUAAUGUCCCAGGAAUCAACACAUGAUUCGGAGCUUCGGAGGUUGCACUUUGCCUGCAAAGAUUGGGGGUUUUUCCAGCUGAUAAAUCAUGGAGUGAGCUCUUCAGUUUUGGAGAAAGCAAAAGUUGAGGUCCAAGGAUUCUUCAAUCUGCCAUUGGAAGAAAAACAGAAGUGUGGGCAAAUUGCAGGGGAGAUUGAGGGAUUUGGGCAGCUAUUUGUUGUAUCUGAGGAGCAGAAACUUGAUUGGGCAGAUAUGUUCUUCAUUAAAACUCUACCACAGCAUAUAAGAUCACCACAUCUCUUCCCUAAGCUACCACCCAGUUUCAGGGACACAAUAGAAGCAUACUCAGUUGAAGUGAACAAGGUAGCCAUGAAGGUACUCAGACUUAUUGCUAAAAAUCUGGGAAUAAAAGAUGAAGAAAUGUGUAAGCUAUAUGAAGGGGGGAUGCAAUCAAUGAGGAUGAACUAUUAUCCACCAUGUCCCCAACCAGAGCUCGUAAUGGGUCUCAGCCCCCACUCUGAUGCAGAUGGCCUAACUAUCCUCCUUCAAGUCAACGAAACACAAGGUCUUCAAAUUAAAAAGAAUGGCGCUUGGCUUCCCGUUGUGCCAAUACCUAAUUCCCUCAUUGUCAAUAUUGGAGAUACAUUGGAGAUAUUUACAAAUGGAAUAUAUCGUAGCAUAGAGCACAGAGCAGUUGUAAGCUGGGACAAGGAAAGGAUGUCCGUUGCAACAUUUCAUGCCCCGAAAUUGGAUGCAGAAUUGGGUCCGGCGGGUGGGCUUGUAACGGCUGAAACCCCACCAAAAUACAAGAGGAUUAGCGUACCUGAAUUUUUCCGGUUAUUCUUUUCGAGCAAACUUGAUGGGAAAUCACAUGUUGAUGUCUUUAAGAUUGCGAAUAACAAUGCCUAAUUAAAAUGUAAUUAAAGCACCACUUGCAAAAUAUGUUUCCCUAUUGCUGUACAAUAAGUUUAAUCUA